ACCGCCGUUGCUGUGAGCCCUUCCAGGCGAAGUGGAGGGCACUCUGUUUUGGGUCCUGAUACAGCAGUUCCUUGUCCACGUCUCCAGGAUCAUGGAGGAGGGAUGAGAGUCGAUUCUCUGUAAGCUUCUUCAACUCCAACACGGCUGUUGUGUUUAAAGUUAUUACCUGUCAUGUAAUUCUAUAUAUAUUCCUCGACAUUUAAAGAAACUAUCGAAGUUUGGCAGACAAUUUGAUAUAUUCUGUGAAAGGUAAGGGGCUUGGUAGAACCACGAAAAAAGGCCUGAUAACAACAAGAAGUCAAAUCCACGAAUCUGAAAAACAAAUUAAUAAAAAUCCAAUAUGUCUUGGUUGACUGAUCUUGCGGGGAAGGCAGAGAAUUUCCUGAACAAAGUGGACCAGGGGGCAGCAACAGCGUUGAGUAAACAGCAAGCUGAGAUGACUGGUUUAGCUUAUGACGCCACAGACUCCAGUCAGUACAUUUCAUCUUAUAAACAACAAGCUCCUGAGUACCAUCCACCCCCAGAGGUGCCUAGCUUCAUCACUUCGGCUGCUGUCAAUAUAAAGAAACAGAAGGCCACCCUUCUGUCUGGGACAGCCAACGUAUCCUCUGCAUCACAGACCACCCUGGAGGUUAAUGACAGGCCUUCUUCCAGACCCUCGUCUCACUUUGUGAGGCCCAAAAAGACAGAGCCGGAUGACGACCUGCUCUUUGAUUUCCUGAACAGCUCAGACAAGACUCUUAAUGGUAAGGUGGACGCUAAAAAGGAAAAGCCCAAGACGUUGUCAUCUCAGAGCCUGUCCCGAACUUCGAGCCUCAGCUCCAUCUCCACUGGUACCCCCAGCAACAAAACCUCUGAGGACGGCUCCAGCAAGGAUCAUGGACAAGGUACUCCAGAGAGCUCUGAUUCUGGUUUGGUUGCCCCCUCAGAGCCUGCCAAAGAGGUCAGUGCUUCAGUUGGCUCAAGUCUCUCUGUAAAAGAUGAGAGCCAGACGCAGGUGCUGUCGAACCUCAGACUGGAGAACCAGCUGUUGCGCAAUGAAGUCUCCUCGCUGAACCAGGAGGUGGCGUCUCUGAUUCAAAGAUCAAAAGAAAUGCAAGAAGAGCUAAGCAAAGCACGGGCCCGGGUAGAGAGGUGGAACGCUGAUCACUCUAAAAGCGAUCAGACUGUGCGGCAAAUGCGUUCUCAAGUGGAUGAUCUGACAGAGGUGAUCUCGGCUAAAGAUGCCCAGCUAGCUGUCCUCAAAGUGAGGCUAGACGAGGCUGACCAGCUUCUAAAAUCUCGGACAGAGGCACUGGAGUCUGCACAGUACGAGAGAUCAAGAAUCAUCCAAGACUGCAAUGAAGGCAGCAGCUUACACGACCAGACAUUACAGACAUUGCAGGAGAGGUUAAGAGAAGCUGACUCUGCACUGAAGAGGGAGCAAGAGAGUUACAGACAAAUGCAGACCGAGUUUGCAGCCCGUCUCAGUAAGGUGGAGGCGGAGAGGCAGAGCUUGGCUGAGUCGCUGACAGCAGCAGAAAGAAAGAGCAUGGAAGAGAAGAGGAGGGCAGAGGAGCUCCAGCAGCAGCUGAAAUCUGCUAAAGCUGGAACCGAGUCUGUCAAGCAAGAGCUUAUAGACUACAAACAAAAGGCUACACGGAUUCUUCAGUCAAAGGAGAAGCUGAUCAGCAGCUUGAAGGAGGGCGCAGGGAUUGAUGGUCUGGACAGCCACACAGCCAGCACCAUGGAGCUGGAGGAGCUGAGACACGAGAGGGACAUGCAGAGGGAGGAGAUCCAGAAACUCAUGGGGCAGUUCCAGCAACUGAGAACAGAGCUGCAGGAUACAGAAAACCUACUGAUGACAGAAGGGGAAUCUUCUCGAGAGCAGCUUCAAGAACUGCAAGACCAGAUAACCAGUCAAAAACAAUCCAAGCAAGAGGCAGAAGCUGAAUUGGAGAGGCAGAAACAGGAGUUUCAGUAUUUGGAGGAAGAACUGCAUCGCACCAAAAACUCUCUCCAGAGUAGAAUUAAGGACAGAGAAGAGGAAGUUCAAAAACUCAGGAAUCAGCUUACCAACAAGACACUGAGCAACAGCAGCCAGACAGAGCUGGAGAACCGGCUGCACCAGCUGACAGAGACGCUGAUCCAGAAGCAGACCAUGCUGGAGGCCCUCAGCACAGAGAAGAACUCCCUUGUCUUCCAGCUCGAGCGCCUGGAGCAGCAGCAGCUGAAGAGCAUGCAGGGUAGCAGCACCGUUAACGGACCUUCCAUCAACAUGGCAGGAGUGGAGAACACAGAAGGUGCUCGAAUGAGAAAUGUGCCAGUCCUUUUCAGCGAUGGGGAAAGUACUGAUGCAGGGAUGUACGGAAGAGUCCGUAAUGCAGCAAGUACGAUUGACAGAUUCAGCAUCCGGUUAGGCAUCUUUUUAAGACGUUAUCCAAUUGCAAGGGUGUUUGUAAUUAUUUACAUGGCAGUACUUCACCUUUGGGUGAUGAUUGUUCUACUAACCUAUACACCUGAGAUGCAUCCAGGCUCCCCAGAUGGUUGAAUGGGAAAGUGAAAGCGGAGAACAUAACUUUUAAAAUAUGAAACACAUACCGUUAGAAGCUACUGAACAGCAUGGAAACAACCCUUGUCAUGGUUGGGGCCAGUAAUUUGCAUAAACUCGUAUUGGAAACUGCCUCCCACCCCCACGUUAUCUUCCAAAGUACUUUAAAAUAUUGUAGCAUCAAUGAAUAGCAUCUUGCAAAAUAAUAUCUCUGAGUGCAAAUUGUCUUUUGUAUAUACUGUAGAUUUGGCAGGUUUUUGAAUGUAAUCAGGGAAAUAAUUAGAUUAAAGACUGGACCUGGGUUUUCAAUUU